CAUUCUUAAACUUCUGCUCGCUAUGAUCCUCUCUUAUUAGCGACUGGGAUAGCGACUGGGAAAACAAAGAGAGGCAAGCUAUCCUGGUCUUGUAAUACACUGGCGGGGAUAGAUCAUCGUAUCGGGGAAUUCAUGACAUAAAAAGACCGAUGGACGCCUCAUCGGAAGGUUUCCUCUUGAUCCUUGAGACAAAGUCUCACCAGAACCAUUCGUCCAGAAAGAUGAUCGUAUUUAGCCGUUCAGCUAACAGCCCUAUCCGAACACUGAGUAACUUCUGCAGAGCCGCCUUCCUCAGCGAUCUUUGACGAGUUGAAUGCUUUUUGGUUUGGGCUCGAUUUAGUACUACGUGCACAGAAUGUCCUAUUACCAAGUUGCAUGGACUUGAAUCAGCCGCACUAGUUUGAACGAUGCGUCCUUUCAAUAGAUUCCCAGGUACAGCCUCCUUCGGGGCAAAUAUCAGCGCCCUUAAGCAGUCGAUCUGCAGUCCCCCAUGCCGCUGCGAAGACUGUCAGACCGGCUUCUACAUGGAAGAGGAGCAGUGGAAACCCGAGUUCUCAUAUCGCCGUAGGUUACUGGACAAAGAGGCCGAAGCCAUCACCAACGACUACAUUGAGCAUAUUGCCCAGAAUAGGGAAUACCUGGCCCAGCGCCUUCAAUCUCGUGCAGAUCUGCUUAUGAGCCGAUGGCGAAAGCGAAGCACCGAGAAACGGCAGGCUCUGUUGACGGAAGCAGCGCCAGAUAUAGCACUCUUGUCAUGGACACUCCCUCGGUACAGCUACGACCCCGAGCGCAAACUAAUAGAUGCUAGAACUCUUACCAGACGGCGGCAACUCUUGGCCCCAUGGUUGAAUAUCGAAGUGCUGAAGAACAAUCCCAUGGUGCUUUAUGCUCUUUUACACUACAGAGUCGCAUACCCCCCACAGGACUGGGCUGCUUUUGAUUGCAGACAGCUUACACUGAGCUGGGCAUGCGGGUGGAUUGAUGUUGACUACUCACCGAAAUGCGUGGUGAUGUAUGGUCCACGGUACGGCGAGCUCGUUAACUGGUCGGAAGGACCGGCUCAUCGAUCUGAUAUUCUGGGCUUCCCUCGAGCUAGGCUUGUGCUCGAAGUCCAGGGAUAUAUCAUGGCAGUGCUCAGGUCUGUUGUCGACAAGAUCCUCGAAGGCGCAGACGAGACACUCGAUCCACGUGCACUGAAUUGGGCAGCGCUUACGGGCAAUGCUGGUUUUGGGCAUACUGGCGAAGUUGAAUUCUGGUCACCUUACACGAAUCAAGCGUUCUCGGCUCCACCGAAACUGGAACUGAACUAUCUUCUGUCCCUGGCGAAAACUCGGCUGGAUUCUACAGCAGAUCACCUUUGGAACCUUCAAUGUGAUGUCGCAUAUAUGCGUCGCUACCUCAAAGUCCUCGGCGAUAUGACCAUCUUCAAACUUGCGGAGAAAGAACAUGCAGCUAGUCGAAUUGCGGACGAGCUCCUGCGCGAAGUAUUUGAUCAUUUCUGGUGGCGUUGGCUUGAGAUUGAGUGCAGACACGUUGCUGAGAUACAACAUCGGUUUCAAGAUGGUAUCCAUCCUGGUCACCCGCUCCCGACUCCAUACGAUCGGGCUUUGAGUGGCCUAGAAAUCAUUCUCGUCGAUCAGGUGAUAUACAGGGCACAGCGACUGGGCGGACAGAUCCCAUUCAGCAAAGGGUUUUCGAGACAUUGGACGCUCAAGCGCGAGUCUGGUAUACCCAAGGGCAUGAGUCGAUUGACACGAACGACACCGACGAAUACACAAGAGUCUUUAGAGAAUGAUCAGCUUGAUUGGAUAUUGACACAGCUGCAAGGGCACCCGGGCCGACAGACACAUUUCGAACACUCGCUUCUAUUCAACAUGCUGCAGAGUCAUCUCGCUAGCAACAGCAGAGAAAAGUCGCGGCUUGACGAGCGUAUGUAUGGAAUCCUGUCCGACCUUUCUACUUGCCACGAGAUGCUUGUGGCCAUUCUUCUGAAUCGACCGCAGAAUAAGAACGGGAAUAUGGACGACUACUCCGCAGAAGAACGUGGAGGUUGGAAAAGACUGCGCAAUCAUUCGAAAAUAGCCCCACAACGUGAUCUCGAAGCGGCCGGAUCGAAACUUUUGGAUGACUUUGCUGCGACAAAACUGACAGGCGUUCCCAAAAGCAUGAAGACGCUCCAGUGUUUUCGCGACGCGCAUGUUGCCAUGAAGGAAUUCUGGUCAUCUAUGCGAGUAAUCGUGAAGAACAUGCUCGCCAACUCAGCCUUUUCAGACCAUGAACUCCGAUCUUUGCUCAAUGUCAUGGAAGCAAACGAAAGUCCUGAGUACAUCAAGGCCAUGGAGCUGAAGAUUCGAAGCUAUUGA